CCAACACUGACGCAGGCCAAUUCAACCAGUCCGAAGGCAAAACUCAUGCCGCCCAAUCACUUGAACCAACAGGAUAUAUUGGAUUGCCAGAGUACUGUACUUGUAUAGCUUUCCUUCUUUUAUUUCUUUUUCCUGUCUCAUUCCUAUCUCUCCCCAUUCCAAGCCAGUUCCAGGCCAAUUUAAACACCGUCGCUCCAUUCGCGCGUAGUAGCUAGAGAGGACUUGCACAGAGAGGAGCAUACCUAGCUUGGCUGCUGGUCCUGCUCCUGCCUGCCCUGCCCUGCCCCGCCACAGUCGUCCCGCUUUUGGCUCGCUGCCGCAUUGAUUCCUGUUCCAAUUCCUGUUCUUGUUAUUAUCUUCUUCAACCCCCUGGCUCGAGAAUCUCUAUUGAGUCGAGUACAUCCUCGAGGGGAUUCUACUUUCAUUUUACAUUUAUAUUAUACUUUGCUGCGAAACAAUGGCAACUUCUAUCAAUACUGCAACGACCACUGGCACGGAGCUCUCCACAGAAGCAGCACCAGUCAAACGAACGGGCCAUUCACAUGUCAAUCCCAAACUCAAUGGAUUUUCCACGCCACAACCACUCGCGCCUGUCCGUCUGAAAAAGAAAUACAGACAUGUUGCAGCUGUACACUCGAAUCCUCGGACGUCAUGCCUCAGUCAUGAUUCCGAGUCCACCCCCAGUUUCCUAGGUUUUAGGAACUUGAUGGUCAUUGUACUCAUUGUUGGGAAUCUGCGGUUGAUGAUUGAGAACUUCAAGAAGUAUGGGGUCCUCAUUUGCAUAAGAUGUCACGACUACAGACGGCAAGACUUGAUCCUGGGAGCCGCCCUCUAUUUCAUCAUACCCUGUCACCUCUUCCUUGCAUACGUCGUCGAAUUGGUUGCAGCCCAACAAGCAAGAAGGUCAUUACGCGCGGGCAAAAAGAGGUCGGGAACUGCUACACCAGGAGGAAGUUAUGUCGCCUCUGAUGAGGAAGUGCUGAAAUUCCAAUCGACUUGGAAAUUGAUCGCCUGGGUUCAUGGAAUCAACGUGUCACUUUGCCUUUUAAUCACCUCGUUUAUUGUAUACUUCUUUAUCCAUCAUCCUUUAAUCGGCACGCUUUGCGAGGUUCAUGCCAUUAUCGUCUGGUUAAAGACUUAUUCGUAUGCCUUUACAAAUCGGGAUCUUCGACAUGCAUAUUUACAUCCUUCAAAACGAGAAGAAGACGCCCUUCCGGAGAUAUACCAACAGUGCCCAUAUCCGCAGAAUAUCACACUCAGCAACCUCACGUACUUUUGGUGGGCACCUACUUUGGUAUACCAGCCGGUAUAUCCUAGAACAACCAAGAUUCGAUGGGUAUUCGUUGGAAAACGAAUGGCAGAGGUGUUUGGAUUGAACGCCUUCAUGUGGAUUGCAAGCGCUCAAUAUGCUGCACCGGUCCUGAGAAACUCCCUAGAGGAGAUUGCUAACCUCAAUCUUAUCUCUAUUCUGGAACGACUCAUGAAGCUGUCGACAAUCAGCUUGGUUAUCUGGCUUGCCGGAUUCUUCGCCCUUUUCCAGUCAUUCCUAAACGCUCUGGCUGAGGUCAUGAGGUUUGGAGACAGAGAGUUUUAUACCGAUUGGUGGAACAGUCCAAGUGUAGGUGUUUACUGGCGAACUUGGAAUAAACCUGUCUACCAGUUCAUGAAAAGACAUGUUUUUUCGCCACUGAUUGGUAGAGGCUGGGGUUCAGGUUCGGCGAGUAUUGCUGUGUUUGUCUUCUCGGGUGUCUUACACGAGCUUCUUGUCGGCAUCCCAACACAUAACAUCAUUGGUAAGAGAUCUUACCAAUCUCCCACUCUUUUAUACUCACGAUCGAUAGGUGUUGCAUUCAUAGGCAUGAUUGCCCAAUUACCACUUAUUGCCAUCACAGCACCACUGGAGAAAAUGCAAGGCAUCAAUGGUCGGAUCAUAGGAAAUUGCAUCUUCUGGGUCUCCUUUACUCUCAUCGGACAACCACUUGCAGCACUGCUUUACUUCUUCGCUUGGCAAGCCAAAUACGGGACUGUCAGCAAAGGGGUUGGGAAAGCAGAGUUGACUACUCACGGCUACUGGACAGGGAAAAUGUAGCAUUACUUUUAUGAAAUUCAUU